GCACUAGUGCAUUUUAUUGAAUGACAUAAUAGCUAACCUAAAAGUUCACCCUUAGUUUUGAAAUAAUCCUCACAAUGUUAUGCUAAGAAUCUAAUUAAAAGUAAUAUUUUUACAUGAUAAAAUUAAUAAAUCUUCUUACUAAGUGCAGAAAACAAGAUGUCAUCGCUCCUGAGGUCUACAAAAUUUGUUCGAUAUUUCACUGGUGCAGCACGGACUCUGAUACUUAAUGCCGCAAAGACUACAGAGAACACUUCUUCUUUGAUUAAUCCUAAGACGUUAUGUGCAGCAAACAAUGUCCCCAUGCGAGAUUACUCCACUUCAAAGAAGGAAAUUGGAAAAGAGCAAUUGGAGCCCCUACUUCAACGUCUGGACUCAGAAGUGCGAAGGUAUGGACGAAUUUCAAAACGCGACAUAGAUGAAGUGUUUGAUGAAAUUCGAUCCAAACAUGAUAUCACAAGUUCACAAUCUCUACUUGUGAUCAGAUGUUGUGGAGAACUUGUACCAGAAGAAUUACCAGAACAAAGAACUUUACUUGUCCAAAAUAUAUGGAAUGUUCUUAAUGAAAGGGGCAUUCCUAUGGAUAUAUCCCAUUACAAUGCAUUGUUAAGAGUCUACAUUGAGAAUGAGCAUCCUUUCUCCCCUGCUAAGAUCCUUGAAGAGUUGGAGAAAAAAGGCCUGCAGCCUAAUAGGGUAACAUAUCAAAGAUUAAUGUGGCGAUAUUGCCAAGAUGGUGAUGUUGAAGGUGCAACUAAAGUUCUAGAGAGAAUGAGAGAGUUAAAUCUACCAGUUUCGGAACCUGUGCUCAAUGCUUUGGUUAUGGGUCAUGCUUUCCAUGGUGACACUGAGGGUGCAAAAGCUGUCCUAGAAACAAUGGCAGGAGCAGGGUUACAACCUUCAAACCGUACUUACACAUUAUUAGCAUGUGGUUAUGCAAAGCAAGGUGAUAUUGAUGGAGUGAAUGAAGUUAUCAAACUCGCAACAGAGAAAGAUGCAUAUAUGACUGAUAAGGACAUUUUAGAAAUUAUAGAGCACCUUGCUUAUGGUGGACAUGGAGAUAAAGCAGAACAGUUAUUCAGUCACAUACAAAAGGGACUUGGAUAUAAUCAAGAUGUAUAUAAUCUUAUUCUUAGAUUACUGAACAAAGGACACAUAGAAACUGCUAAAGCAGUUAUGAAGACAAUGCCAAAAUCAUUAACAAUUGAUGACACAAUAUUCAAAGGAGCCUUUUUUGUAAAACAGCUGUUAAAAGUUUGUAAAGACCCUGAAAAGGUGAUUAAAACAUGUAGAGAGUUACAAGAAGAAAACUUGGUGCCUAAUUCUUUUUUCAUUGCUACAGAAACUGCUCUGCAAAUAGGUCAUGUAGAAAUGGCCCAAAAGCUUUUUAAAGAAAUUGAGAAAGAAGGAAUCGAGAUAAGACAACACUAUUACUGGCCUUUGUUGGUUCAAAAGGGCAAAGAAGGUGAUGAAGAAGGAAUGCUUCAAGUACUGCGCAAUAUGGUUGGUGCCGGACAAACACCAACUGGAGAGACUCUGCGAGAUUAUGUUAUUCCAUACUUGAGGAAAAAAGACUCACCACAAAACAUUAUUUUAAAGUUGCAACUUGCCAAUGUGCCAGUAAUACUUAGUGCCAGAAAUUUAAUGAUAGAGCUUUUAGACUCAGGAAAAAUUAAAGCAGCUGAAGAAAUAGCUCUGCAAUACCGUCUUAGAGGACAGUACAACUUGGUAGCACGGUCUUUGCUUAAUGCAUUAAAUAAAACAAAAGAUAUAGGUUCGUUUGUCUCAAUAUUACAUGUGAUGACCAGUAAACCAGUCUCAGGUAGAGAAGAAGAUAUAUCAAAUGAUGACCAUUCAGAUGAAAAGGGUGAUAUUUAUGAAAUAGGAAGGUUAGUCAAAACAGCAGUGAAAAUGUUAUCAGAAAAUAAUUUAAUUGAAUCUCUACUAACUGCUUUGCAUUCAAGAGGAAUAAGUAUUGAUACAGAAUCGGCAGAAGUCAUACAACAAUUUCUUGAUAAAAAUAUGACUACUAAAAUCUCAGAGCUUCUUACUCAACUGACAUCAACAGAUUUAGAAGUAACUCCUCUUGAAAAUCGAAGACGAGAGAAUGCUUACUAUACAUCUGCCCAGCUUGAGCACCUUCUACAGCAAAUCAAAACUAAAGGAGGAAACAAUAUUUUACGUAUCCAAAAACAAUUGCUGUCUUCAUACAUAAAAGAGAAUAAUGUUACUAAAUUGGACAGUUACUUGCAAGAGCUGAAAGCAUCAAAUUUCGAAAUAAACCUAGCCACUCUCGCUCAGCUCUAUGAAUUUUAUUGUGUCAAUGGUAAUAUUGAAAAAGCCAAAGAGUGUCAAGCUGAAAUAAAGGCUAAGAACCCUGAUUUUGUCCUAAGCAAAUAUAAACUAUUCCUAAUGGCAAAUGCUUUAAUUAAAGCUAAUAAAUUCGAUGAGGCCAUACAAUUUUUACAAGAUAAUCAACCAACGGAAGAUUUAGAAAAUAAUUUUGUUUUGAAUUCUAAAUGUUGGCAGCUGUUAAAUUAUUUAGCUGAACAGAAAGAUGAAGCAAAGGUGUUACAGUUGAUUCAAACUUUAGUUGAGAAGAAUUAUGUGGAGCCUUCAAACGUGAUUUUGGGCCCGUCAAUCAAAGUAUUUUUGCUAAAAGGGGACAUAGAUGGAGGCCUAAAGCAGUUUGAACAUUGCUGUAAUCAAUACAGGUCUACUCCUUGGAAAGGAGAACUUAUGAAAGCACUCAUUAUGAAAGAGGAUGCCAGCAAACUUCAGUGGUUGGCCGAUCUUAGCACACAGAUACAUGGCGAGGUGAACAUUCUGCAUGAUUUAGUGCUCGCAUUCGUCGAAUGCGGGCGUUUGCGUCAAGCGCGGCGUAUUCUCGAAACUCCCGGCAUGCACACGCGCCAGAGGCGUUUAGAAGAUGCUUGCCAGCGAUAUGUGGAGGAGGGAAAACCGGAAUACUUGGAAGGACUACUAGAAGCUACUAAAGAACUAUCACAUAUAGACAGGUCAAACAUAUUCUACCAUUUGCUAAGGUCUUACUGCAAGGCUGGCGAGACUGAUAAAGCUAUAGGUUUGUGGACACUGCUUCAAGAGGAGGGUGAAAUUCCUAGCGACCAAUUCCUUUUACACCUCGGAAAACACCUCAAGCAGCAGAACAGAGAUGUACCGUUUAUUAUGCCUGAAGAAGAGAAACCAAAACAAGUAAAAACACAAUUAAAAGAAAAACUCAUAGAAAAAGACAUUGACAAAAAUUCAUCCACUCCGUCUAUCAAGAAAGAAUUAAGCACCAAAAUAGAGACUCUAAUCAAUGAGAAUAAAAAUAUUGUAAAAGCAUUUGAAUUAACAAUAAAAUCCAUACAAGAAGGUGUAUACCCUAAAACUACAGUACUAAAGUAUUUGCUUAAAAACCUUGCUGAAGAAGGCGAGCUUGAAAAGAUACAGGUAUUAGGUGAAUAUGCAUCAGACUCUCUAAGAAGACUUAUUACAUACGAUGACAAAUUGACACUUGCUACUUUCAAAAAAGGCAAUGCAGCUGAACACAUUGAUAAUUUGUUGAAAAUUGCUGAAACAGAACCUAGCCCAGAAAAUAUAAAAACAAUUGUUCAAAAAUUCCCAAGAAGCAUUGCAUUGGCAUCUGUUGUUGAAAACAAUGAACUCAUUGCCAAAUGUCAAAGACUUGCCGAAAUAGUCGCGUCUCAAGGUUUUAGUAUUCCUAUCAACUUACUCUGGAUGGAAUAUGUAUUGGCCGGAAAAGAAAAGGAGGCUAACACUGUCUGGAAUCAAUGGUUGAGCGGAGCUUCCACUGUUCUAUUUAGAAGAUUGCUUCAAGAAAGUCAUUCCAGAAAUGAACCACAGGUCGUAGAAAAGCUCAUUGAAACUCUCAAAUCAAACCCACAAGUGAGCAAGGGUUCAUUUGGUAAUGCAUACUCUCGCCUGAUUAAUUUGUACCUGAUGAAUAACAAAGUUGAAGAGGCAGAGAAUGCUUUGAGCCGAGCGAUAAAUUCUGGAUUGACAGCAGAAAAUUUCAACAAAAACUGUUUGGAUAGAUUACAGGAAGCUAUGAAACAAGCUGGAAAGGAAUUUAACUAUUUCAAAUAAGUUCUAUUGAUGUCUGUGUAAAUUACCAUUGCCAAUAAAGUGUAUGUUUUAACUGUAUGCAGUAUAUAGCAUUUACAAAGUUAAUGACCCUGUUGUGGUUUCAAGUAUUGAUUCUGGUUUCCAUAAAUUGUUUAAUUUUAGUUGAUAAUAAAUUAUUAG